AAUGGAUUGAACAGAGUCGCACUGUUGUCGCCGUGUUUCCUGGCCGUUGCAAGAACGUGCACAUAUCAAGAUCGACUGUGUGAAUUGUUCAAAGAAAGGAAAAGGUCAGAGUCAACCUAGUCACUUUUAACACUGCUGCCCCAGGCCACCAGCCAGCAUCGGCCUCUCGCCAAAUUGAAUGCCGCCGCAGUUGCGACUUCAAUCAAUCUGACAACUUUCCCGGCUGCCUCAAAUAAUUACAAUAACCCCGCGAUACCAUCAUGGCCAACGACGAGUACGACUUCCUGUUCAAGGUCGUCCUGAUCGGAGAUUCUGGAGUUGGUAAAUCCAAUCUCUUGAGUCGAUUCACCCGAAAUGAAUUCAAUCUCGAUUCCAAGUCCACCAUCGGUGUAGAGUUUGCGACUCGGUCGAUCCAAGUAGACGCAAAGACCAUCAAGGCACAGAUCUGGGAUACUGCUGGACAAGAGAGAUACCGUGCUAUUACAUCUGCCUACUACCGCGGAGCUGUGGGAGCUUUACUGGUCUACGAUAUCAGCAAACACCAAACCUACGAGAAUGUAACAAGAUGGCUGAAGGAGUUGAGAGAUCACGCCGAUUCCAACAUCGUCAUUAUGCUGGUCGGAAACAAGAGCGAUUUGAGACACCUCCGGGCUGUACCAACAGAGGAGGCUAAGCAGUUUGCAAGCGAAAACAACCUCUCCUUCAUUGAAACCUCUGCCCUCGAUGCAAGCAACGUCGAACUUGCCUUCCAAAACAUCCUCACAGAAAUCUACCGAAUCGUCUCCCAAAAAGCACUCGAUAACGGCGACUCGGCACAAGCCAGCCUUGGAGCCGGAACGAACAUCUCCCUAAGCAAGCCAGCAGACGAAGGUGCAUCAAAGGGCGGCAAAUGUUGCUAGAUAUCUCUUCCUUUUUCACCUUUCACUUUGCGCAGUCGUGGCAAUGGAGCGACUUGCGUCGAACAUAAUCGGUUGGUUGAUACAAGGCGAGGCGUCUAUAACAUGUCACGGUGGAGCAUGGGUAGUCACACACAAGAGAGUCUAGAUUCUGGUUCAAUAGGGUUCCUGGGUCAGAUUCUGGUGAUGGGUGACUUGCGAUUUUUCUGCAUGGAUUGUCGUUUCUUCCAAUACUUUGUACUGCAGGGUGGUUCUGAUGGUUGGAAUUUUAAUGCCGCCAACGAUCGCUACGGAAUGCUUAGUCAAUGGAUUAUCAUAAUGAGUUUGUUUCUUUCUGCCUUGUCCACAGUGACGAGUGUACUGAGGCUCCAGUCGAGUCUUGAAAGGUCUUGAUGACAAAUUGAG